UUGUUUUUUUGUUUUUUUUUUUGAUGUCUCGAGAAGUGCAUCGAGUAACAGGACGAAGAACAAACAUGUCGGGAUUGACCGGGUCCAAGGCCUUAUCGGCCUUGACCAUUCUCUUCGUAACUACCGCAACCUUGGCCAUAGAAAAUGAUCGAACUUCAUCAAAAUCGUCAAAAGAUGAUUUGAUACUAAGCGCUAGCUCCUACAGUACACCUCAAAGGACCACAUUGGGUUUAGAAGAAUCUUUGACCUUUCAACGAACCUCUCCGGCAUUUCGAUUGGAAACUUCUAAAAGUGUUUAUAGUUAUGAUAAUAAAAAUGAUUUGAUAGAAUCUUAUCCGUAUGAAUCGAUCGAUCAAUUAACAUCAUCCAAACACAUUGAUCACAUAGACGGUAAUAACAUCGAAGUUAAAUCUGGAGAGUAUUAUCGCAAUAUAAUACCAACGACAACAAGUCAGUCGAUUUCGGGGGAAGGACAGGGGGCUCCGCAGGGAGGACGGAAUCACUUGACGGAGCCCCAUCAUCAGUUGCCGGUUGGAAUCCAAGACCAACCAGUACUUUAUUUGCAAGGAAUAGACCAACCAAGACAACCACGUCAAGAGAAGAUUUAUAGCGAACAUGCACCACCACCACCGCCCAUUCUACAAACUGCCUUGCCUGGUAGACAAGCCAAUCCUGAUAUUCAGGACAUCAUUACGGGUAUAGUUAAACUGUUGAACGGUAAUGUCAAUGUUGCUGCUAAUACUGUAAGACCUUUGAGACCUGUCCAAGCUACUAGGAUUAACAAUAGAGGACCACCAAGAAUUUCUGACGUUCCACCAUUACCACCAGAUUUUGAUACACCUGGUAUGAAUCCCCCACCACCACCAGACACACCAUAUCCGUUUGAUAAACCACCGAGUCUUGAUAGGCCAUUGGUUAAUCAAUUACCACCUGAAAGACCUAUCAGACCUUUCUUAAAUGGUGUACCUUUACCGGAACAAAUUGUACCUUCAGGAAAUCGUCCUUGGUCCUGGAACAGGCCUGGUGUUCAUAGACGACCCAUUCCAGCUUACAAACCUUUACCACCUAAUUUGGAUUCCAGCUUUCAUCGGGACAAAGAUCAUUUGAGCAAUGAUAAACACAUGGAAAAACCUCAUUUUGAUUUGAAACCCGAUCAACAACAACAAAUAGAACUCAAUACAACUAACGAAUCUGUAAACGUUAACGAAGAAAUGGCGACCAAUCACAAAACGAUAGAAAAUAAAAUAGUAAAUAAUCAUAAUCAGGAUAAUGAACAGGAUAAUCCUACGAAGAAAGGUGAACACGAUGAUUUUACGAAAAAGAUUCACAAGUAUCAAUCCCAUAUGAAGGAUAAAAUAAAUAAUGACAAUACUUUAAUAUUGGGUGCUAAUGAAUCUGAUGACAAUGUGAAUCAAGCUAGCAGUGUGAUACGUUACACGGAAUCACCAAAACCUGUAAUAUCAUUGAACAGUCAUACGAAGGAUACGAAGAUUACUAAAACCAACCAUCACGUUAUCGAAUCUUCGAUUAUUAAUUCAAAGAUUGAAGAUGAAAGCAAACUCGAUGACGUCACGUUGUUCUCGAGUACAAUCAAACCUACCAAAUUAUUUUCAACGAGUACUUUAAACAUUGAAACAAGUUCUUCCGUACGUGUGAUUGAACCCACGUCAACCAAGACGAACGUUCAACAGCAGUCAACAUUUGUCCCAACGAAUGAUCAUCGUCAUACGAGUAAAAUUGUCGAAACUACAACGACCACAACGACAAGGAUGGAAUUGGAACCAAGUAUUUCAUCAAUUGAAACAGAAAUUAUGGAAAUUCGUACAACAACAUCAUCUGUUAUGCCAACUGAAAGUUUACCACCAAUUACAACAACUUAUUCAAAAACUAACACUCAGAAAACUACGAUUCAUAGUUCAACGAGUAGCAACACAUUUUCGAAAAACACAGUACCUACCGAUCGAUAUUCCUAUCGACCUCGGCCUGGAAUAGUACUCGAUGAUACCUUGGAUUACACAGGAACACCAGGAUUGGCUACGCAAAGACCUUACCCACCACCAAGACCUACAUCCUUGGUUGAUAUAUUCGACGUCACGGUUUCCGCAGUUCAAGGUCCAGGUGGAAGUUCUGGUGACGGUGUUAGGGUGUCAAUUAAUGGUGGAAAUGCCGAUGUUAUUCUAACAACUGCCGUGGAAGGUCAAGGAUUUGUGAGUAUCGAUGGUAAAAGGACUUAUUUAAAUUUAUUCGACAAUACUGAUCGAACUUUAACAUCAACCACCCAGCCAAUACUUCAACCAACUCGAACUCAACCACCCCAUGUCGUUGGCACCGGAUUAGCAAUACCACAACCGGAUACUCCUAACAUCAAUCAACGUCCUAGUUUAUUAUCACCAAGACCAAAUUAUCCUAAACGACCAACUCAGCCUCCUGUUAGGAUUGAUACUUGUAUAGUUGGUGAUAGUAGUACCUGUGAUGCAAGUCAACAUGAAGCUUGUGCAACGAUUCAAGGUGUAUCAGCGUGUCAUUGUAAACCAGGAUUUGCUAGGUUACAACAUUCCUUACCAUGUAAAAAAAUCGUAAGUAUCGUGGUAUCCAUCAGGAUAGAUAGAUUUUACGAUAGAAAAGUUGUAUGGGAUCGUGGAUUAGCUGACAAGGAUACCGAAUCCUAUCAAACGUUGUCCUUCGAAGCUAACAGAGCUAUCGAGUCAGCGAUGUCUAUGACGCCAUUCUCGGACGAGUAUAUGGGAUCGUCAGUUAAUUCCGUCUAUCAAGGUGAUGUCAGUCAAGGACAAGGUGGUGUCUUUGUUAAUGCAACCCUGAAGCUAAUCUAUGAACCGAGAACUGUGCGACCCAGUUUAGCCGGUGAAUUGCAGAAACAACUGUUAGGUGUCAUUCAUAGGAGGAACAAUAAUAUUGGAAAUAGCGCGUUAUACGUGGACAGUCCUCGUGGAUCGAUAUCCAAUUUGCAAGACUUGGACGAGUGUGCAUCAUCGGAAUUAAACGAUUGUCACUCUUAUGCAACUUGUACAAAUUCAUGGGGUGGUUUUACCUGUACUUGCAAUUCAGGAUUAAAGGAUCCUCAUAAGGAUGAUACCAAUGAGUCUGGUAGAUCAUGUUUGUCAUGUCCUUCAACUCAUUGCAAUAAUCGUGGAACGUGUUCCUAUCAAAAUGAUCAGAUGCAAUGCGCAUGUACUGGCAAUUAUUAUGGGACACAAUGCGAGGUUGACGGUGAAGUUUUAGGUGUUGCUAUUGGUGCAUCUGUUGCUGCUUUGAUAAUCAUAGUAUUAACACUCGUUUGUCUUGUGAUGUGGAGUCGAAGGUGGUCACGUGAACAAAAAUCAGUAGGGUCACCUGUUUAUGGAUAUAUUCAAGGUGGAAUACCUGGAACACUUCCUGGUACAUUAGCUAGAGUAGGUUCAGUUGGGACAUUGGCAUCGGUAAAACAAGGACCACCACCUAAUUUACCACCCUACAUGUUGGCACAUUUUGGUGAUCACAUGGCAACUGCCAAUAUUUAUGCCACAGAACCUAUGGGCCCAACAAGACCAAGCUCAGCAAUGUUUGGUUAUCCACCAAUAAACGUUCACGGAACAUUACCACCGGUUCCAUUACCACGAUUGCAAGCUCCACCGAGACCAAGACAAAGACAUCAACCGGAUCCAGACAGUUCUGAUUCAGAACCUCAGGAUAAGGAUAGAGCCGAUUUGAUACCACACAGUAAUGGGUUCCAUGUGCCCAGGCCUAAAUCCAGGUCGUCUUUGGCGAAUCAAAGUGGAAUUUACAACGACGUUGAAUACGAUCAAGGAGACGUUCAGCACCUGUCCAAAAAUAAUAUACCAAUGUCCACCUAUAGACCGUAUUAUAGAACGUGAAAUUGUUUUUUUUUUUACAGAAAAAAAAAGCACAAAAGAAAAGAAACAGUCGUGGCUCAUAAGUGUCCCUUUCCUUCUCUGCUGUAAAAGAUGAGGAAAAAUUGUAAAAUAAAAUUAAAAAAAAAACAAAAAAUGAAAAAAAAAA